AUGGGCUCGUAUCUAUGGCUUGUGUGGUAUGAGGCUCCUUCGAAAAAUGCGCCCAAACAUUGGACGCUUGCUGUGAGCUACGAGGCCAAUGACCGUGCAUACGCCACUGUGUAUGAGGCGUGCGUUGAUUUCACCGGUCGGUACGACUCCAGGGUGACACGGCGCGUCCCCUUGACCGGUAAUCAUCCGUCCGGCCCGUAUGGCGGCAAAAUCUUGCUGGGGCAAGUCAAUGACAAUGUACUCCGUUCUCUCGAGGCGUAUAGCGACACUGCAGUCGAGCUCGUCAACAGUCAUAACCGCAAGCGCGGUCCAGGAAGUUCGAGUUGCCACCACUGGGCCAUAAUCAUCGUUCGUAGCCUGGAAGAUGCGCUACUGCUCCCCAAAGGUGCUCUCACACGAGUGGAAAAGUGCCCUCGUGCGGGAUGA